GUCACGCCGGUCGCCCCUGACGACGGGGUCCUCGGGCUGGUUGGAGGGGGAGAGGUGUCCAGCGCGGGGCUGCCUGUCGGCGCGGCCAGCCAGCAUGUACGCCAAGGGGAAGGGCGCUGUUGUUCCUUCGGACGCCCAGGCGCGGGAGAAGUUGGCACUCUAUGUGUACGAGUAUCUGCUGCACGUGGGUGCACAGAAGGCGGCACAGACCUUCCUGUCCGAGAUCCGAUGGGAAAAGAACAUAACUCUGGGUGAACCGCCGGGGUUCCUACACUCGUGGUGGUGCGUUUUCUGGGACCUCUACUGCGCCGCGCCUGAACGCAGGGAGACAUGCGAGCACUCGAGCGAGGCGAAGGCCUUCCACGACUACACGGCAGCAGCUGCCGCAAGCCCCGUUCUGGGAAAUCUCCCGCCGGGAGAUGGAAUUCCCCCAGGAUUCUACCAGGGUCCUCCUGGCUCCCAGCAUUCCCCUCACCCACAACCCCCACCAGGGCCUGGAAUGAUGGGUCCGCAUGCACAGGCGUUCAUGUCUCCGCGCUUCCCCGGGGGCCCACGGGGACCUCACCGCAUGCCCGGACAGGGCAUGGGUGGAAUGCCGGGGCCACAGCCGCUCAUGCCCAGCACCAUGGACCCGACUCGCCAGCCCGGGCAUGCUGGGAUGGGCCCUAUCCAGAGGAUGACUCCUCCGCGGGGGAUGGCGCCCAUGGGACCUCAGGCAGAACCGUGGUUCCCCAUGCAAAGCUACGGGGGAGGAGUGCGGCCCCCGCACACUCCGCUAGGGGGCCCCGCGAUGCCUGGAGUCAGCAUGGGACCCGGCGGCGGACGUCCAUGGCCUAACGCCUCCAACCCAAACUCGGCUCCCUUUUCAGCUUCUUCUCCCGGAAGCUACGGGGGUGCCCCUGGUAGUGGCGGUCCUCCCGGAACCCCGAUCAUGCCCAGCCCAGGAGGUUCCCCCGGUGGCCCCCACCCUGCCCAGGUGCUCGCCGGACACCGCCUCUCACAAGACUCGACCGGCUCCAAUGAGAACAUGUACACCAUGAUGACCCCAGUGCCUCCCGGAGCGAACCGGCCAAACUUCCCAAUGGGACCUGGAGAUGGCGGAAUGGGCAUGGAAUCCCAUAUGAAUGGAUCUUUAGGGUCGGCAGAUAUGGAUGGAAUUGCCAAGGUGCGUGCGCGUGCGCGUUUGCAGAAUUCUCCCAACAACAUGAGCGGGGGAAUGAGCAACGCCCCGGGGACCCCCCACGAGGAUGACGAAAUCCCAGGAGGCUUUCUCAACCCCUUCCCAGGCGACAGCAACCUCUGAAGCGCCGCCGCACACCCCGAUUCUCUCCGGGCAUGCCGAUGGGGGUGUGAGUGCACCCCCUGUGCAACAGCAGCCAGCCGGGGUCUCCCCAGAGCCUCCAGGACCCCCCUGUAACCAGCAUGCGCGCUGUCGGGGGGUGGGUGGGGGGUGGGGGUGAGGGGGAUCCUAUCAUAGUCCAGUAACAACACCCUACACGCACGCACACACGGGCUUUUACGCACACACACCACGCUGUGACGUCCCGCACAGCCACGCUUGUUCCCUCGCCGGACACGCGCGCGCACCUCCCGACACACACGCACACACACACCGGCUUCACGUACGCAGUACUACACACGCACGACGUACACACCUCCCCGCAAGCUGGCUUAAGUGUACACAGACGUGCGCGGCCAGGCGAAAUUGUUGUACAUACCAAGAGAACUCUUUGUUUAAAUGUGGUUUCAAUAACGAUGAUGGUCCUCGAUUUAAAUGCCACUUUCCGGAGAGCAGCGUGUCGGGUGGGGGCUGCGGGUCCGCCCACGCGUCGUCCUGGACGCCCGGCCGAUCAAGAAAAAAGGAGGCCCGGUUCGUCUCAUGGUUGUUGGCGGCGACGUGGUGGGGGGGGCGGGAGGGGGAGGGAGGGGUUGGUGGUGGGGGACACGGGCUGGGGGGGGGGGAUGUGUUGUGUUGCUCACGGGAGAAGCGUUGUUCCGUCUGUAGUUGGGAGUCGGUGUAUUUCCACGGAGUGCAUGUCCUGUGGUGGUGGGGGGGGGAUGUUUUAAUUGAAUCGCUCGCCGUACGCCGCCCUCCCCUUGUAGGGACGGGGUUUGCCCUCUAUACUCGAUGAUAAUUAUAAUAAUCCACGGCGGUUUUGAUGGCCCCACCGGUAUUCGCUCCGCGAACGCAAAUCAAGGUGGAGGGAAGUGUACGGCUCCAUCGACGGCAGAUUUCUCCUGUUUGGUCGCAAACUUAAAAGCUGAACGACAUCAAAUUUGGCAACUCACACGGUGCCUCCCCCCCCCUCCUCCCCGACACGUUACCCUGCCCUGCCCCCCCCCUCGCACACACUUUUCUAAAAAAAAAGAAUUGAUGAAAAAUCUGUAUCCGUGGCGAUGCCAGUGCUCUCAUCUCCACAGUAACCACUCGGCGUACCGAUGGCAAGUUGCCUCCGUGGCAACCAGAAGCCAUACCGCAAGGGUGCAAUGAUGUCCACGAAAUAAGUGUUAACGUUAAAUAAUUACCUAACCAAUUGAGAUAACAAACGUAAUAUUCCUCCCCAUGAAUUGCCCUGUUUAGUGAGAUAUUUUUAAGCGUACUGCAUGUCGAAUUAGUUUUGUUCUGUACCGUAGUUCGUCAUUUAAGCCUCCCCCUCCCUGUAGUUGCGUAUUUGUUGGCGUCCCCCCCUCUCUUUGGCUUAGCUGCGUUGUUUAUACAGGGUACCCAGCCGCCAACCGGGAUGAUGGACCCCCCUAGAAGAGAGGUCCCCCCUUUGGCGGUCAGAGGUGUGUCCCCCCCCCCCUCCUCUCACAGCCCACCAUGAGGAGGGGGGGCAGGGUGGGGCGGGGAAACCUCGUACGCCAGUCCUGGGGCGGCACAGGGUUCAAUUACAAGUAUUUUUUUUUAAUCAUCAUUAUUAUUCAAUUUGAUGUGUUAGUGAUGGUGCAAGUACAUUUUAAUAUAAAAAAAAAAUAAAAAAUCGCAAAACCCGAAGGUAACGUAGAUGGACGGUGUAUAAUGUCGCCAGCCGCCGGUGCAAGUGCGCGAAGCCUCCAUGGCGAUGGGGAGUGGGGGGUGGGAUUAGUGGUGGAGGAGGUGGCCCCGGGGAGUAGAGAGGGACCUGGUCCCCAUGGUCCCGUUGCAGCCUCGGUCCACACAGGCCCAGAAUCCCGUGGACCCGGUUCUACGUGGACCUGUUGCCAUGGCGAUGGGCUUCUAUACCUCCUUUUUCCACCGUACAACCGAGCCGCGCUGGGGCCAUGCCCCACUACCCCGAUUCUUUUUUUUCCCACUGCAGAAGCCGAGCUCUGCCGCUGACACCGCACAGCGAGUCGAAUCGCACGUAGCCAGUGCUUUUGGCGAAAAUAAUUAACUCUGGCCCUGCUUGCGCCCCCCCCCCCCCCCCCCCCCCCACCGGGAUCGCCGCGGUGGCGAGAUGUUAACUACCUCGCCUGGUAUACAGGAGGUCUUGGGUUCCAUCCCAGCCCUGAUGCCUGCUGUGUAUUUGGAGUUUGCAUGCUCUCCCCGUGGUCGCGUGGGUUUUUCUCCGGGUCCUCCCUAUGCGUUUAAAACCGGCGUCACGCGUUUAGGGUAUUGGGCUGCUGUAAAUUUCCACAAGCCACUUGAUUGGGCUAUCAUCUGUGGCCAGGUCGCUUCUGAAAAAAGAGCUUGUAUAGCUCAGUGGGCCUUACCUGGUAAAAUAUAAUAGUUUGUUUCCUGCUCAGCUGGACUAAUAGCCAGUGUAAAACCACGCGUGCAGUGAAGAACCCCGCAAGGGCACGGCGCGAUUGUGCCAGUAAACAAGGGGUAUUGGCAAAUUGCUUUCAUUGUAUCUGUUUCCAUGGCCGUAGGCUCAACGUCCAUUGAUUCCAUUGGAUCAACAUGUUUCCAUAGAAACAAGCUCCACUUGAACUGCUUCAAUUGGACCUGUUGCCACGAGAACGGUCUCCAUGCCAACUGCUUCCAAUGGACUUGUUUCCAUGUGAACGCGUUUCCAUGGGAACAGACUCUGUAAACUGGUUCCACUCUGGACCUGUGUCUGUGGGCACAAGUCAACAGUGUUCAUGGGCACGGUCGCGUUGGUGGACCUUUAUUGUUUUACAUCAGAACAAGACUCCGCGUGAACCGGUUCUAUUCGGCCCGCCCGCACGAGAACAGCGACGAGCGUGAACGGCUUCCGUGGCAACAUCGAUACGCGUCAACUGGUUCCCGUUGGACCUCAUUUCCAUGGCGAUGGCUCUCUGGGGUAGGGGGGGGACCCAAUUUUGGCAGGAGAAAAAAGACCCCCGGCUCCACGGGGAGGCGCGGCGAGGGGGCUGCUGCGUCGUUCAUCCCGUGUACACGUUCUCUGUUACCGACAGUGUCAUGUAUAUUUCAAUGUACACAACCCUUAGGCAUGUUUGCGCCUGUGCGUUCUUCAGUUUUAUUUCCAUGCUGUGUAAUAUGCUGUUAUUUCUUGCUUUCUCGCGGAGCCAUGAACUACCAACAAUUAAAUAAACAUCUUUUGUUGUCGGUA